CCGGAUGCCUCACUUCCCACUCAGGAUAAAGGGUAUAAAAGUUGGUGGAUCUCGAGGUGCUUCAUUCGCUCAGCUUUGCUCUGAGGUGUCCGUGGUCGCAGCUGAGAAAGGGUCACCGGUGCAAGAUGUGCUCCAGACAAAGCGGCUGCCACGGCUGCGGCUGCUGCUGCUGCUGCAGGGGCAGUUACCAGUCCCAGGGCUCCUCCAGCGGGGGAGGAGGCGGCUCCUGCUGCGGCGGAGGAUCCUCCGGAGGAUCAGCCCAGAAGAUCAUUAUCAGCUCUGGUGGCGGAGGAGGAGGAGGAGGCUCCUCCGGGUGCUGCGGAGGGGGAUCCGGUGGCGGCUCCUCAGGAGGGAAGAUCAUCAUGGGAGGUGGAGGCGGAGGUGGAGGUGGAUGCUGCGGUGGAGGAUCCAGCGGUGGAUCCUCAAAGAGCAUGAUGGGAGGUGGUGGAGGUGGAGGUGGUGGAUGCUGCGGUGGAGGAUCCAGCGGUGGAUCCUCAAAGAGCAUGAUGGGAGGUGGUGGUGGUGGAUGCUGCGGUGGUGGAUCCAGCGGUGGUGGUGGCUCUUCUGGGAUGAAGAUCAUCAUGGGAGGCGGAGGUGGAGGCGGAGGUGGUGGUGGAUGCUGCGGUGGAGGAUCCGGCGGUGGAUCCUCAAAGAGCAUGAUGGGAGGUGGUGGUGGAGGUGGUGGUGGAUGCUGCGGUGGGGGUGGCAUGGGUGGAGGGUCUGGUGGUGGAUCUUCAGGAACCAAGGUCAUCAUUGGAGGUGGUGGUGGUGGUGGUGGAGGAUCCUCCGGGUGCUGCGGUGGCGGAUCCAGUGGUGGAUCCUCAAAGAGUAUGAUGGGAGGCGGUGGUGGAGGUGGAUGCUGCGGUGGAGGAUCCAGUGGUGGAUCCUCAAAGAGCAUCAUGGGAGGCGGUGGAGGUGGUGGUGGUGGAUGCUGUGGUGGAGGAUCUGGCGGUGGUGGCUCUUCUGGGAUGAAGAUCAUCAUGGGAGGAGGAGGUGGUGGAGGAUCCUCUGGAUGCUGCGGUGGCGGAUCCGGUGGUGGAUCCUCAAAGAGCAUCAUGGGAGGCAGUGGAGGUGGUGGAGGUGGAUGCUGCGGUGGAGGAUCCGGCGGUGGCGGUGGGGGCUCCGCCCAGAAGAUCAUCAUCAGCUCUGGCGGAGGAGGAGGAGGAGGAGGCUCCUCCGGGUGCUGCGGAGGGGGCUCCGGUGGCGGCUCCUCGGGAGGGAAGAUCAUCAUGGGAGGGGGCGGCGGAUCCUCCGGGUGCUGCGGUGGCGGAUCCGGCGGCGGCUCCUCGGGCGGGACCAUCAUCAUCAGCUCCGGAGGUGGCGGUGGCGGGGGCUCGUCCCAGCAGAAGUGUCCCGUUGUCAUCCCCAGCGUGGUGUCCCACCAGACCAAGCAGAGCUCCCACUGGCCCUGCCAGCAGAAGUAACCGCCCUGGGCAGCUCCAGUUCCUGUCAGGAGCGGUUGAGUUUGCUCCCAGCCCGUCCCUGUCCCUCGUGUCCCUGUCCCUCGUGUCCCCUCGGUGCUGCAUCCCUGUGCUGUGAACUCCUCUGUGCCAUAAAAGUGGCUGGAAAUAAAGAUUUCUGU